AUGGCGGAGGCGUGUAUUUCUUCUGUGAUCGGAAAAGUGGUAGACUUGUUGUUUGGUGUGGCUAUUAAAGAGAUAAGCUACAUGUGUAAUUGCUCUGAAAAUGUUGAGAAGUAUAAAAAUGAAGUUGAAAAGUUGUCGAGUAUGAAGGGAAGGGUUCAGCAACAUAUAGAUUUGGCUAGAUCUAAAGGGGAAGUUCUCCUAGAAGGUGUGGAAGAGUGGAUGAAGAAAGCAGAUGAUUAUACAUCCAAGGCCACGCAGUUUACUAACGGAGGAGAAGACCAGGAGAAAUGCUUCCAUUUGUCCCCAAGAUUCACAGACACCUACCAAAGUAAAAAUCUUGACGAUAUUAUUACCCAAAAGUCGACUUUGGAGGAGAUCAUUCGAGCUAUAGAGGAUGAGACGAUACAAAUCAUUGGAAUUAAUGGCUUAGGAGGUGUAGGUAAAACUACACUAGCUAAUGAAGUUGCUAAAGAACUAAAGAAUCAAUUUGAUGAUCUUGUGUUUAUAACAGUCUCAAAAAUUGUUGAUGUUAAAGUGAUUCAAGAAAAGGUUGGUAAUGCGGCAAGUAGAAUAAUAAAGGGAGAGAAGGUUCUAAUCAUUCUAGAUGACGUUUGGGAAGAACUAAAGCUUGAGGAAUUGGACAUUCCAUGUGGGAGUGAGUACAAGAAUUGCAAGAUUUUGCUUACAUCUAGAAGCAAAGACGUGUGUGCGGCAAUGAAUGCCCAAAAGAAUAUUUUGGUGAACCCUUUGCAAGAGGAAGAAGCGUGGACCCUUUUUGAACGUGUGAUUGAUAAAAGUGAAUGGAACGAUACACUGAAAGAAGUUGCAUUAAAGAUUGUCAAGGAAUGUGGUGGAUUACCACUUUUUAUUCAAGCUGUAGGAAAAGCUUUGAAAGACAAAGAACUUAAAAUUUGGGAGGCAGCGCUUCGACGACUACAAGCUCCCAUGGAUGGGGAUGUCAGCUACAAAAAGGAAGGCAUACUUCAAUUGAAGCUAAGCUACGACCAUCUUGAAGAUGAAGUGGCUAAGUCACUUUUCUUAUUGUGUAGUAUGUUCCCAGAAGAUGGAAACAUUGGCCUUAAAACGUUGACAUUUCUCUAUGUAUUAUUAGGUGUGAUGUCAUGGAUGAUGUAA